GAUCACACAGUGUAUCAGGACAAAUUCCAAGACCAGAAGAAGUGGAAUAAAAUGCAGCACAGCGAGGAUGACUGUUUCCAUCUGACCGAAAUUGAAGAAUCCAGCGAUGAUGAUUUAUCAGACAUUGAAGCAGAGGAAGAAGAUCUUGAGGAGGAGAGAGAAGCUGUUCAGAAAAAGCUGAAUGAUUUUGAAGAAAUAUCCCAGAAACUGCUGGCUGAACUGUCAAUGUUAGAAGCUGAAUAUGAAAUAGAGAAAACAUGCCGGGAAAAGGCCGAAGUUUUUGCGUCUCAGAUGAACACAGAAAACAAAAAAUUAAAGCGUUUCAGUAUGAAAUUGAUGCCCAUUUUAUGUGAGAUUCCUGAGGAGAUCCAACAUCUAGUGAGUGAAGAGCCACAGGUUACAGAAACAGACACUGAUGAUGACUCUGACUAUCAACAACAAAUUAAAGAUUUACAAGAAAUAAUUAAUAAUCUUCGAGAAGAAAAAAAAGAUUUAGCGCUUGAACUGGAGGAGCUGAAGAUCCACAUAAAACGAUUAAACAAGGAGAUUGAAGAAGAAAAUCUAGAAAGAAAAUGUCUGGUUACAGCACUUGUAAAAAAACAAAAAGAGCUAAAGAAGGUUAAAAGAGUAUCCAUGAUGGUCACUCAGGAAUUCACUGAGACACUUGACGAUCUAGAAAGGGAACAGGAACUACGUCAGCAUGCAGAGAUUUUUGCACAUCAAAUGCUAAAAGAUAAUCAAGUGGCAAACAGGCAAAGCAUGAUACUGAUGCAGAGUGUGGAACCUAAUUCAAUGCUUAUGAAAGCCCUAGACGAAGUCAAUGUCCUCACUUUAAGUCUGGAGGAAACCAAAGAUGAGUUGCAAGCAAAGAUCACAAACCUGGAAUCCUUACUGGCAAAAAGACCCUCUGAAGAAGAUUUUGAACUUAUCCAAAAAGAGUUGACAGCAACAAAGGAAGAGAAACGCCAACUAGGAGAUGAACUAAAUAAAGCUGGGGAUAAAUGCAAGCAGCUUGAACAGAAAGUUAAUGAGUUAGAAGAAAAGCUAAAAGAAACAGAAGCUAUUUUCUGCCAACAAACUAAAACUGUAGUUUCACCAUCACCACCUCCUCCACCACCACCAGUGCCUCCACCCCCUCCUGUGACAUCCGAGAGUUCAGAAAAUUACAUCACUUUAAUCCAACAGAGAAAAGGAAUAAAAAAAUCUGAUUGUAACAAUGAGAAAAAAUGUAAUGAUGUUUCCACUGAAGCAGUAAAGGAAAUGAUGGAGAGGAUAAAGAAUGGGAUUGUCCUGAGACCAGCUCGAAAGGAUGGACAGCAUCAUUCUUCAGUUGCCUGUAAACGUAAGAGUGUCAUUAAUGAGCUGCAAGGACUUUUGGUUGAUACCGUAAAAAAGCCAACCCGGAAGAUAAGCUAUCGAAGAAUUAGCCGAAAAAUAAAUGUCAACGAAUUGGACGGUGUACUCAGUAGACGCCGUAGGAUAGUAGAUAUUUCUAUUCAGUCAGACAUUAGUUCCGAGAAGUCUAAAGAGAAGCAAGACAAUGGUUCAUUAAAAACCACAGUGGUUCAAGGGGCUAUAGAGAGCAGUCCUGUUUUUGUGGCAAACAUGAGACAGAAAACUUCUGACCUUCAGCAGAGCAGUAGAAAGGUUACUGAAAGCAAUAUCAUGUCAUGGCAGUAGUGCACAGCGUGUCUUAGAUGUAUUAACGAGUUUUCAUUCCAAUCGUUGCAUUUUGAAAGUUUUUCACAGAUAGACAGCACUAGUUGAUGUGUGCUAUAUUGAUAACAUUGUGCUUAUGCCUGUGAAAUAACUUAUGAGUCAGCAUUGAUUGGCUAAAAUACAAGUUUGUCAAAAGAACUGAGAUAAGAGAGCAGUCUGCAGAAGCUUAGAUACAAGGCAAUGACAGAUAUAAAAAAGUAUAUUAAUAUAACCGUGUUGGUUAUGUAAAACUGGGGAAUGGGUAAUAAAGGAAUUAUCUUUCAUUUUAAACAAUAACAA